CAAAUUGAUAGUAGUCACCAGCCACAGUUAAUAGCAACAUUUAUUAAAUACACUUAAUAAUUGGUAUCUGCAACUAGAAGCACAAAUUAAGAUAUCUUAUUGUGUUUAGUAUAUCUUAAUUCGUGGUUAGUAGUAACAACUGCUAAAAAUCAAUUAUUAAUCUAUAAGACAAGGUAAAUAUGACGUUUCAAAUAGGCAGGUAUUGACAAGAACCGUUUAUUUUAUUAGUGAUAUAAACCAUUUUUUUUUUUUUAUUAUCUGGUUAUUAUCCAUGGUUGGAGAUUAAAAUAUAGAUGUUAUCUGAUAUCUUUAUCAUUAGAUCUAUUCAAAAUCAUAGUCUGUUUGUUACCUCAGUUUAUUCAGUUCAAAAAUCGAAAGCGGUUCUCUCUAUGUAAAUGUACGUGUGCAUAAAGUAUUUAACUUCAUUACAUAUGAUAAUUAAUAAUUAUUAACUUAGAUAAAGCUUAAAAUGAUUUUUGCAGUGGUCAGAAACUUACAAAAAUGUUAUAAAUCAAUAACAGUUUCAGAAUCUGUCAGAAAAUUUUCAACGGAAUUUGCUGAAAAUGAUUUAAAGGUAACUGAAGGAUGUGUUGAACGCCUUCAAGUAAUAUGUGACAAAGAUGAAUUUCUUCGUCUUAGUGUUGAAAGUGGUGGCUGCUCAGGAUUUCAGUACAAGUUUGAAUUAGACAAAACUAUUUCUAAAGAUGAUUGUAUAUUUGAAAAAAAAGGUAUUAAAAUAGUUGUAGAUACAACUUCUUUAAAUUAUGUCAAAGGAUCAACCAUAGACUAUGAACAACAGUUAAUCAGAGCUGCUUUUAAACUAAUAGGAAAUCCAAAAGCACAAGAUGGCUGUUCUUGUGGUGCAUCUUUUUCUAUUAAAGUUGAUUGAAUAAUUUAGUAUUUUAGUUUAGUUAUUGUGUAUAAUUUAUAAUUUAUUGUGUUUAUUAAAAUAUACCCUUAAAAAAAAAAUUAAUUAUAACCUGAAUUAAGAAAAAUGUGUAUAUGAAUUAUUACCGUGUUACAAUAUAUUACCUAUGUAAUAUUUAAAA